GUUCCAUCCAAUCAUAGAGGUCCAAUUAUAACAAUUGCUUUGGCUGGACACUUUUUGCAUGGAGAAAAUCAACGGUCUUUAAGAUUUAAGCAAUUUUUAGUACAAUUUCCCUCUUGGACAGUUGUUACACCAUGGACGGCAACAUAUACUUCGUGGGAAUUUUGAAGUUGUUCUUAUAGAAGUCAUUAGCAAGAAGUGUUGUAGUUACCAUCAAUUUAAUGUUUAGAAAUUAUUGGAAAAUCACAUGUACUUUACUUUCUGUCUGCUGUCUAUUAUGAAUGGCUAAUUUACUUAAAUACUGAAAACGUUUAUUUAUUUGAACGAAAGCCAAAAAUAAACAAAAUACAGAGAGAAACGAAUGCUUAUAACAUUGAUUGUUAUGAAUAAUAAGAUUAGGUGCUUACAGUGCACGUUCACAUUACUAGUAACAGAAAUUAAUAUGCAAUCAAAAAUAAUAACAUUGUGAAUAUUGCGAAAUAGAUUUAUUACACAGAAAUUACUAUUAAAAGGUGUUUUUUGCGACGAUUUCUAAUGUUUCUAUCGAUGUUAUAGUUUCCAUUUAAUCUCUUCUUAUGAUUUUUGAAAUAUAUUAAAUAUGCAGAUACAAUCAGCUUUAAUAGAAUGAAUUUUCAUAUUAACGUUAUAAUUAUAAUAGUAAUUGAAAGUUCUUGCAUCUUUGUCGAGUUUAAGGGAUAAAAAAGACACAUACUGUGAAAGUGCACACUUAAGAAAGAUUAUUGCUUAACAAGAAACAGUUGCCUGACAUCAAAAUAUUUGCUUCCUAUUAGAAGAUGGCCCAGUUGAAUAAUGAGUAUCUGUUAGUGUAUUUAAUCGAUUAUCAUAGAUUGUUUCUCGUAACACUUGCUGUUAUUUCUAAAACAUUUCAGAAUUGGAGUAUUUACAUUCGAUAAAGCCAUACAGAAUGUUAUCAAUUAUAUGCUUUAAAAAGUUGUAUCGAAUUGCUAUUGCGUAGCACGAUGUUUGUGUGUAGAGAGCUAUUAAUUACGAAAAGAAAACAUAUUAUAUACAUAUUUCAACCCUAGAAUGCGUAGCAGGCUGAUGUGAAUCCUUUGUAGCAAUUGUUUCACUGUAUAGCUGUACUGAAAAAUAUUCUAAAGUUAAUAAGAUUUGGUUUAGAAUUUCGACAUGUAUUAUAUGCCGUUAUUAUACUACCAAAUAAGAAUAUUUCUGUUAAUCUGACAAUAUAUCACACAAUAUUCAAUAUAAUAACCUGAAUAGAAAAGUGUUCUUAAGCGAAAAACGAAGUUCGUAGAUAGUUUCAUAAAUUAAACAUAAAUGUAUUGCUUAAAAAAGUAGUUACCUAUGAUAAAGGAUUAGAAAGUUAUGUUGUAUUGCUUACCUAAUUUUUCAUAAUUGUAGAAAAAGAUACGUCGCAAUGUUUUGAUAUCGAUUUAUUGCCUUUGCAAAUACAUUAUACAACAUUACGGUAAGUCUGCUAUAAUAAUACAUCUAUUAAAAUAAUUUACAAUAAGGCAUAGCGAUAUAUCAAUAAUGUGAAACGUGAGGAAGGUUUUAACAUUGUUAUUCUUGACUUUUUAUUGUUUGGUUAAAAACAUUAAUGCUCUCGCAUUCUUCAUUUUGUAAAAAAGAGAAAUAAAUUCGAUUUUGAAUUAAAGACUAUCUGCAGUUCAAAUAACGUCUAAAAGAAGUGAAGUAAUUUCUGGUCUAUAAUAUUACUAUGGUUGUUAUUACGUGUCUUUCGCUUUCGUACAUUAUUCUUGAAUUUAAGAAUUUUGCUACACUUAAUUAGAAUAUAUCACACUUGCUUAUCAUAUAUAACAAUGUAGUACUAUCAAUAUUUUGUCAAGAGAUAGGAAAUAGAAGAAUGUAAUUCUUUAAAAUAA